AAUGUUUGAUUAGUCAACGCCAAUGUCGACGACUCGAUGGUGUAUAAGCGAACGUAGCACGUGGAACACGUCAAACGUUAUAUUUGAAAGUAUAGACAGAAGUCUUUUUCCUCGUGAAUUCUUCCCAGAAGAGAAUAUUAGCGUCGCUGACAGUCUCUUCUGCGAAGUUAAGUCUGUGCAUGAAAGGAAAUCAUUGUAAGUGGAGAAUAUCGAUUCGCCUGAGUCUGUAACAGCUGACACGUAAUCAUGACCAACCUAACGUCAAUCACGUGAUUCCUCUGAAUCUGGCGCUUAAUUUAAACGAAAUAAGGAAGCUCGACAAUACACAGAACAGAGAGUUAAAAAACGAAAGAAUUAUUUCACUGCGUAAACGCAAUAAAAACACAAAAGUCGUGUCGAUUUCUUGUCUACAAUCAGUGCUUUGCGCUCAUCAAUUUAUAUGAAUUAAAAUCGAACAUCGAGGAGAAAUUUAAAGAUACUCGCGCACCUAUAAUUCUCGCCACGAUCGAUAAGUGAUAACACAAAGUAAAUAGAUCGUGACUAGGGCAACGAUAUGCAUAAGAUUUAACUUUCGAUUGAUAGAGCGAAUUAGCUAUCCGUCCUCGAUAAGGUGAACCGUGUGAUAAAGCGGGGUCGUACGAUCGUCGACAGACAGAAAGAAUCAGAGGCGAGAGAUGUUGACUGUAAUACGUAAAGCGACGCUUUUCAGUCGUUCCUUGGAACUUUUAACGAGUAGUUCGCCGUUACGCGCGCGCACCGUUGUCGCUGGAAUGACGUCCACCGGAAAUCAGGAUUACGGCCAGAAGGUCGUCCCUAAGGACGAGGUCAUUAGGUUUAUCGAGGAGUGCAUGUGUAAGGCCGGUACCACGAUAGAAGACGCGCGCGCCGUCGGUCAUCAUCUAAUGACAGCGGAUUACAGAGGUCAUUUCAGCCAUGGGAUGAACCGGAUGCAGAUGUAUGUAACGGACAUCGAAAACAGAAUCACCGAUCCCACCGCUCGACCGCAGAUUGUCACUGAUUUUCAGGCGAUAGCCCUCGUUGAUGGAAAAAACGCGUUAGGUCAAGUGAUCGGCAAGUAUUGCAUGGAGCUUGCCAUAGAGAAGGCCAAAAAAUUCGGUAUCGGCAUGGUGGCGGCACGUGGCUCUAAUCACUACGGUAUCUGUGGUUACUACACCAUGAUGGCGAUGGAACAAGGACUGAUCGGUUUUACCUGUACCAACACGAGUCCGCUGAUGGCACCAACGCGCAGCAUGAAAUCCGCUCUAGGAACGAAUCCCUUGUCUUUAGGCAUGGCCGCCUCCGACGGCGACGAGUUUGUUCUCGAUAUGGCGACCACCGCCGUCGCCUUGGGCAAGAUCGAGUUGGCCAUUCGGAAGAACGAGGACAUUCCCGAGGGCUGGGCACUCGGAUCCGACGGAAAAGUGACCUGUGAUUCCGAAGAGGCUUACAAAGCUUCUUUAUUGAUGCCUCUCGGUGGCGAUGAACACAGUUCUGGGUACAAGGGCUAUGGUCUGGGUCUGAUGGUUGAGAUACUGUGCGGUAUUCUGAGCGGAAGUCUUUUCGGACCGAACAUCCGCACUUGGAAGUCCAGUGACAGAGUCGCCGAUCUCGGACAGUGCUUUAUGGCCAUUAAUCCGGAGGCCUUUGCGCGCGGAUCGAAAGAGAGAUUGACAAUCUUGCUCAAACAGCUGAGAGACCUACCCACCUCCGGCGAGAAGCCGGUUCUGAUCGCCGGUGAUCCCGAAAGACAACACAUGAAAAAGGUCGAUACAGAGGGCGGAAUCACGUAUCAUCCAAAUCAAUUAAAGGCCUCGGAAGAAUUUGCUAAACACAUGGGCGUACGAUCGAUGAAACUUAUACCUAAAUCCGUUUGAUUUUUUAGUUAUCAACAAAAAAUUAAUCUGCUCUAUCUGAUCUCAUUUCUUUUAUAAUAUCGAUCGUUCGUCUAUUUUUAAUAAACCUCAGUAUAGAGUAUGAAAGAUAAUCGAAAAUUAAUUAAACGCUAAUUUAAUUGUUGUGAUAAAGAAAAUACAAAGAAUAUAUAUUUUUUGAUACUGAUAUAUGAACAUUAUGUAAUAUUUAACAAUUUUCUACUGAAUUGCACCUAAAAAUGAUCAUAUAUGCGCUUUAUGAAAUGGUUACUUCCAAAUAUAACGUAACAAGACUGAUGUAAGAUCUACUUAUGAAAGCCAAUGAGACAUUUAUAUCAAUCUCAGAAUUGUACGAAUAAUAUUUAUGCCGAGGCAAAUCAGAUCGCGUGUGCAAUUCGAUGAUUUGAGCAGACACGAUGUUCGCUACGAUGAUAUAACCAGCGCUGCGAUUUGAUCGCCAUUCGAUGAUGAUGACGGCCUUGGACUUGUCCGCUCGUUCUCGAUUACAGUCGUUACGUCUUUGCGAGUGGGUGUCGAUAAUAUGAAAUAUAGCAGAUUAUUGAAAACAAAUAAGUCACAAAACAUGCGACAUUUAAGGUCAUUGUUUUAUAAGUACUACAAAUUAAUUACAUUUUUUUGCUUGUGCGGUGGGGCCUUUUUUGAAAAGAAAUUUUGU